AUGCCCUGGGAAAUGCCACUGAUCCAGCAGCUUGGCUCCUUCGCCCUCCUUUACGUCACGCAGGGCCAGUGCCAUGUGCCGCGUGGUGCCAUGCGUCGUUUGGGGUUCCACCAAUGGCACUUCGACGCCGGCCCGCAGCAGCGACGGCCCGAGGCGCAGCAGGAGCCCGGCCGCCAACUGCCCGGCGCGGCGGAGGCCAGGUCACGGCUAAUGACUUCCGGAAUCCUCCUGGUCACCUGUGCGGGCGGGGCAGACUCCACGGGAACGUCCCCGGAUUACAGACUCCACGUGGGAACGCCCCCGGAUUUACAGACUCCACGGGGAACGCCCCCGGAUUACAGAACUCUCCACGGGAACGCCCCGGAUUUACAGACUCCACGGGAAGCCCCGGAUACAGACUCCACGGGAACGCCCCCGGAUUACAGACUCCACGGGAACGCCCGGAUUAACAGCCCCACAGACGGAACGCCCCCGAUUACAGACCACCGGACGCCCCGGAACAGACUCCACCGGAUUACAGACUCCACAAGGAACGCCCCCGGAUUACAGACUCACGGGAAACGCCCCCGGAUACAGACUCCACGGAACGCCCCCGGAUUACCAGACUCCACAGGAACGCCCCCGGAUUACAGACUCCACGGGAAACGCCCCCGGAUUAAACAGGGGAACGCCCCCGGAAGUACGGAUUACAGAACGGCCCCCCGGGAUUACAGACUUCACGGAACGCCCCCGGAUUACAGACUCCACGGGAACGCCCCCGGAUUACAGACUCCGCGGAACCCGCCCCGGAUACAGACUUCACAGGAACGCCCCGGAUUUACAGACUCACGGACGCCCGGAUUACGCUCCACCGAACGCCCCGGAUUAAGACUCCACGGGACGGCCCCCGAUUACAGACUCCCGGGGAACCCCCCGGAUUACAGACUCCACUGCGGAAGCCCCCGUUACAGACUCACGGGAACGCCCCGGAUUACAGACUCCACGGGGAACGCCCCCGGAUUACAGACCUUCCACGGAACGGCCCCGGGGAUUACAGACUCCAACGGGAACGCCCCCGGAUUACAGGACUCCACGGGAAACCGCCCCGGAUUACAGACUUUCCACAGGAAACGCCCCGGAUUACAGACUCCACGGGAACGCCCCCGGAUUACAGACUCCACGGGAACGCCCCCGGAUUACAGACUUCACAGGAACGCCCCCGGAUUACAGACUCCACGGGAACGCCCCCGGAUUACAGACUCCACGGGAACGCCCCCGGAUUACAGACUUCCCGGGAACGCCCCCGGAUUACAGACUCACGGGAACGCCCCCGGAUUACAGACUUCACAGGAACGCCCCCGGAUUACAGACUCCACGGGAACGCGCCCCCGAUUACAGACUCCACAGGGGAACGCCCCCGACCCUUGGGAACGCCCCGGAUUACAGACUCCACAGGAACGCCCCCGGAUUACAGACUCUCCACGGGAACGCCCCGGAUUACAGACUCCACAGGAACGCCCCGGAUUACAGGCUCUCCACACGGAACGCCCCGGGAUUACAGACUCUCCACAGGAAACGCCCCCGGAUUCUCCACAGGACGCCCCGAUUCAGACUCUCCACGGGGAAACGCCCGCGGAUUACAGGACUUUCCACAAGGAACGACCGCCCGGAUUAAGAUCCACAGGAACGCCCCCCCGGAUUACAGACUCCACAGGAACGCCCCCGGAUUUUACAGGGACUCCACAGGAACGCCCCCGGAUUACCAGACUUCUCCACGGGGAACGCCCCGGAUUACAGACUCUCCACAGGGAACGCCCGCCUACAGACUCUCACGGGAACGCCCCCGGGAACGCGCAGGAACGGAAGGCCAAAGCGAGCUGA